CCCUCCCCCCUCCCCAUCCCCUUUCCUUCCUCCCCACCCCCGCCCCGCCCCGCCCCAGCUCGAGCGCGCACGCGCAAACCCUAGCCCCCGAUCGCCCCCCUCCCUCUCUCGCCAGCUCGGCGCGCCGGCAGCUCGGGCGUUCAUGCGGGGCGGCCUCUGAGAGCGCGCGCGCGUGCAGAUCCAGCAGGGGCCCCGGCGAGAUGGCGAGGGCGGAGGCCAACUGGGAGCGCCUGGUGCGGGCGGCGCUCCGCGGGGACCGGAUGGGCGGCGUCUACGGGGUCCCCGCCAGCGGCAUCGCCGGGAACGUCCCCUCCUCGCUCGGCAACAACACCCACAUCGACGAGGUGCUCCGCGCCGCCGACGAGAUCCAGGACGAGGACCCCACCGUCGCCAGGAUUCUGUGUGAGCACGCAUAUGCCCUCGCCCAAAAUCUGGAUCCAAAUAGCGAAGGGAGAGGUGUGCUUCAGUUCAAGACCGGCUUAAUGUCAGUAAUCCGGCAAAAACUAGCUAAGAGGGAAGGUGGUGCUAUAGACCGAAGCCAGGAUAUAGCUAAACUGCAAGAAUUUUAUAAGCUCUACAGAGAAAGACAUAAAGUUGACGAGUUGUGUGACGACGAAAUGAAGCUGAGGGAAUCUGGUGUGUUCAGCGGUAACCUUGGAGAGCUGGAGCGCAAAACACUUAAGCGCAAAAAAGUACUUGCAACUCUCAAGGUCUUAUGGUCAGUAAUAGAGGAUAUAACAAAGGAAAUUUCCCCUGAGGAUGCAGCAAAUUUGAUUUCUGAAGAGAUGAAAAAAGUCAUGCAAAAGGAUGCGGCAAGGACAGAGGAUGUUGUGGCGUAUAAUAUCAUUCCUCUAGAUUCCUUGUCUACAACUAACCUAAUUGUCACUUUUCCAGAGGUGAGGGCAGCAAUAUCAUCUUUGCAGUACCAUAGGGAUCUGCCCAGGCUUCCGAAUACCAUUUCAGUUCCUGAUGCUAGGAAUUCUGAUAUGCUGGACCUUUUGCACUGCGUGUUUGGUUUUCAGAAAGACAAUGUGAGCAAUCAACGGGAGCACAUUGUUCACCUGUUGGCAAAUGAGCAGUCUCGAUUAGGCAAACUAUCAGGGAAUGAACCGAAAAUUGACGAGGGUGCUGUACAUGUUGUGUUUUCCAAGUCCCUGGAUAACUACAUAAAAUGGUGCAACUAUUUACCACUACGCCCUGUCUGGAAUAACAUUGAAUCAUUGACCAAAGAAAAGAAGUUGCUAUAUGUUUGUUUAUACUACUUGAUCUGGGGAGAGGCUGCCAACGUACGAUUUCUUCCAGAAGGCUUAUGCUACAUAUUUCAUCAUCUAGCAAGAGAACUAGAGGUGAUUAUGCAGAAACAGACUGCUGAGCCAGCUGGAAGCUGCAUUUCUAAUGAUGGCGUAUCAUUUCUUGACCAAGUCAUUUAUCCUCUAUAUGAAAUCGUUGCAGCUGAAGCAGGCAACAAUGACAAUGGGCGGGCAGCACAUUCUGCAUGGAGAAACUAUGAUGAUUUCAAUGAGUUCUUCUGGUCUGAGAAAUGUUUUCAGCUGGGUUGGCCGUGGAAACUGAGUAACCCAUUCUUCUCAAAGCCUAGUAGGAAAGAACAGGGCUUGAUAAGUAGGAAUCAUCAUUACGGAAAGACAUCUUUCGUGGAGCACAGAACUUUUCUGCAUCUUUACCAUAGCUUUCACCGCCUCUGGAUGUUCCUACUAUUGAUGUUUCAGGGACUUACUAUCAUUGCUUUUAACAAUGGCAGUUUUGACACAAAUACUGUAUUGGAACUUCUUAGCCUUGGCCCAACUUAUAUCAUAAUGGAAUUUAUCGAGAGUGUAUUGGACAUUCUAAUGAUGUAUGGCGCCUAUUCAACAUCUCGUGGUUCUGCAAUUACUAGAGUGAUCUGGCGAUUCUGUUGGUUUACUGCGUCUUCACUGGUCAUCUGUUACCUAUAUAUCAAGGCACUUCAAGAUGGGGUGCAAUCUGCACCUUUUAAGAUUUAUGUUGUUGUAAUCAGCGCGUAUGCGGGUUUCCAGAUAAUCAUCAGCCUACUCAUGAGUGUUCCCUGCUGCCGUGGUUUUACCAAUGCUUGCUACAGCUGGUCUUUUGUACGCCUUGCCAAGUGGAUGCAUCAGGAACACAAUUAUGUUGGAAGAGGCCUGCAUGAAAGGCCUCUAGAUUAUAUCAAAUAUGUCGCUUUCUGGCUUGUUAUUUUUGCUGCGAAAUUUUCAUUCACCUAUUUCCUCCAGAUCAAACCUCUUGUAAAACCAACAAGACUGAUAAUCAGUUUCAAAGGCUUACAGUAUCAAUGGCAUGACUUUGUCUCAAAGAAUAACCAUAAUGCGAUUACAAUCCUUGCUUUAUGGGCUCCAGUGGCCUCAAUUUAUCUUUUGGACAUCCAUGUUUUUUACACUAUCAUGUCUGCUAUUGUUGGAUUCCUCCUUGGUGCACGUGAUCGCCUGGGAGAGAUUAGAUCUGUUGAAGCAGUCCACAGGUUCUUUGAGAAGUUCCCUGAAGUAUUCAUGGAUAAACUUCAUGUUGCUGUUCCAAAAAGGAAACAACUGCUAUCAUCUGGUCAGCAAGCAGAGCUAAACAAGCUUGAUGCAUCUAGAUUCGCUCCUUUCUGGAAUGAAAUUGUGAAGAAUUUGCGGGAAGAGGACUACAUUAGUAACACUGAACUGGAUUUACUCUUGAUGCCCAAGAAUAUAGGCGGUCUUCCAAUUGUGCAGUGGCCACUUUUUUUGCUUGCCAGCAAGGUUUUUUUGGCCAAAGAUAUUGCAGUCGAUUGCAACGACUCACAAGAUGAACUCUGGCUAAGGAUCUCAAAGGACGAAUAUAUGCAAUAUGCUGUCGAGGAGUGCUUUCAUAGCAUCAAGUAUAUCCUGUCAUCUAUUCUAGAUAAAGAAGGCCAUCUCUGGGUGCAAAGGAUUUUUGAUGGUAUUCAAGAAAGCAUUUCAAAGAACAACAUCCAGAGUGAUAUUCAUUUCAGCAAAUUGCCUAAUGUCAUUGCCAAGCUUGUUGCUGUAGCGGGAAUACUGAAAGAAACGGAAUCUGCUGAUAUGAAGAAGGGGGCAGUUAAUGCGAUUCAAGAUCUAUAUGAAGUUGUUCAUCACGAAGUGCUUUUUGUUGAUUUGAGUGGUAACAUUGACGAUUGGAGUCAGAUAAAUAGAGCAAGAGCCGAAGGCCGCCUCUUCAGUAAUCUCAAGUGGCCAAAUGAACCUGGAUUGAAGGACAUGAUCAAACGAUUGCAUUCACUUCUGACCAUCAAGGAAUCAGCUGCAAAUGUUCCUAAAAACCUGGAAGCCAGCCGGAGACUGCAGUUCUUCACGAACUCUCUGUUCAUGCAAAUGCCUCUUGCAAGGCCUGUUUCAGAAAUGCUUUCCUUUAGCGUAUUUACUCCAUAUUACUCUGAGACUGUGCUUUAUAGCAUCGCCGAACUCCAAAAGAAAAAUGAAGAUGGUAUAUCUACACUGUUUUAUCUUCAGAAGAUUUAUCCAGAUGAAUGGAAGAACUUCCUUACUCGCAUCAACAGGGAUGAAAAUGCAGCAGACACUGAACUUUUUAGCAGUGCGAAUGACAUAUUAGAACUUCGGCUAUGGGCAUCUUACCGUGGGCAAACAUUAGCGCGAACAGUUCGUGGGAUGAUGUACUACAGGAAGGCCCUUAUGUUGCAAAGUUAUUUGGAGAGGAUGCAUUCUGAAGACCUCGAAUCUGCAUUUGAUAUGGCUGGUCUGGCUGACACACAUUUUGAGUACUCCCCUGAAGCACGCGCACAGGCUGAUUUGAAAUUUACGUAUGUGGUUACCUGCCAAAUAUAUGGAGUGCAGAAAGGAGAAGGGAAACCAGAAGCUGCAGAUAUAGCCCUUCUGAUGCAAAGAAAUGAAGCUCUCAGAAUUGCUUACAUCGAUGUUGUUGAGAGCGUUAAGAAUGGAAAGCCUAGCACUGAGUAUUACUCAAAGCUUGUUAAAGCUGACAUCCAUGGAAAGGACAAGGAAAUUUAUUCUGUUAAAUUGCCCGGCAAUCCAAAGCUUGGGGAGGGUAAACCCGAAAAUCAAAACCAUGCUGUAAUAUUCACUCGCGGAAAUGCCGUACAAACCAUUGAUAUGAAUCAGGAUAACUAUUUCGAGGAGGCACUCAAAAUGAGAAAUCUGCUUGAGGAAUUCUCUCAAAAUCAUGGCAAGUUCAGGCCUUCAAUUCUUGGUGUUAGAGAACAUGUCUUCACCGGAAGUGUUUCCUCCCUUGCUUCGUUUAUGUCAAAUCAGGAAACUAGUUUUGUGACAUUAGGACAGCGUGUUCUUUCUAAUCCACUGAAAGUGAGAAUGCAUUAUGGUCACCCAGACGUGUUUGAUAGAAUAUUUCAUAUUACGAGGGGUGGCAUAAGUAAGGCGUCCCGUAUCAUCAAUAUCAGCGAGGAUAUAUUUGCAGGGUUUAACUCUACUCUGCGUCAAGGGAACAUAACUCACCAUGAGUAUAUCCAGGUUGGUAAAGGAAGAGAUGUUGGGCUUAAUCAGAUCGCACUAUUUGAAGGAAAAGUUGCGGGAGGAAACGGCGAACAAGUUCUUAGCAGAGAUAUAUACAGACUUGGGCAGCUUUUUGAUUUUUUCAGGAUGUUAUCCUUCUAUGUGACUACUGUUGGGUUUUACUUCUGUACUAUGCUAACUGUACUGACAGUGUACAUAUUUCUCUAUGGUAAAACUUAUCUGGCUUUAUCUGGUGUUGGAGAAUCAAUUCAAAAUAGGGCGGAUAUACAGGGAAAUAAAGCAUUGAGCGUGGCUCUGAACACCCAGUUUCUUUUCCAGAUUGGUGUGUUUACUGCAAUUCCUAUGAUUCUAGGUUUCAUCCUGGAAGAAGGUGUCCUGACGGCUUUUGUUAGCUUCAUUACUAUGCAGUUCCAACUAUGCUCUGUAUUUUUCACGUUCUCUCUUGGAACAAGGACUCACUAUUUUGGUCGCACAAUACUGCAUGGAGGUGCAAAGUAUAGAGCAACUGGUAGGGGUUUUGUGGUACGGCAUAUUAAGUUUGCUGAGAAUUACCGUCUUUAUUCCCGAAGCCAUUUUGUGAAAGGGCUGGAGGUUGCACUUCUGUUGGUUAUCUUUCUAGCUUAUGGUUUUAACAACAGUGGAGCAAUUGGCUAUAUCUUACUUUCCAUAAGUAGCUGGUUUAUGGCUCUUUCUUGGCUUUUUGCUCCAUAUGUAUUCAACCCUUCUGGAUUUGAAUGGCAAAAGGUCGUCGAGGAUUUCAGAGACUGGACAAACUGGCUUUUUUACCGAGGUGGUAUUGGGGUUAAAGGAGAAGAAAGCUGGGAAGCUUGGUGGGAUGAAGAACUGGCACAUAUUCACACCUUCCGCGGGAGGAUACUGGAAACUAUACUUAGUUUAAGAUUUUUUAUUUUCCAGUAUGGAGUUGUUUACCACAUGCAUGCAGCCAAAGAAAGUACAACAUUAUCGGUAUAUUGGGUUUCAUGGGCAGUGCUUGGAGGGCUUUUUGUCCUCCUAAUGGUAUUUAGUUUAAACCCCAAGGCCAUGGUUCAUUUCCAGUUGCUCCUGCGUCUGGUCAAAAGCAUUGCACUGUUAGUGGUUUUGGCAGGUUUGGUUGUGGCAAUUGCGAUGACACCCCUCACUGUUUUAGAUGUACUUGCUUCCAUCCUAGCAUAUGUCCCUACUGGAUGGGGAAUUCUUUCGAUUGCUGUGGCAUGGAAACCAAUUGUGAAGAGAUUGGGUUUGUGGAAAAUAGUGCGCUCGCUGGCUCGUCUGUAUGAUGCUGGCAUGGGAAUGAUCAUUUUUGUGCCCAUAGCCAUCUGCUCCUGGUUUCCCUUCAUCUCCACCUUCCAGACACGGCUACUGUUCAACCAGGCUUUCAGCAGAGGUUUGGAGAUUUCUCUCAUCCUGGCUGGCAACAAUCAGAAUGCAGGCAUAUGAUGGUGGCAUCAUCCAUUUUUUGAAUCCUCACCCAGAUCAUGCACCUUCGUAGUUAGUUGAUCCCCGGUUCUGAGUUAGCAGCAUAUGUAUAUAUCUCCGUGUUGACUGGCAGUUAUUUUCUAUGGCUGUAUAUGUACAUCGCCUGCGACAUUUUUUGCACUCAUGAUAGUUAUAGGAGGUGGUGUUAUUGAAGGACCGGGUGCUGAAUCAUUGUUAAAAUAGCUUGUUUAUGUUAGUUUCUUUAGAUUAUGUUGUGAAACUGUGGUCUGCA